UUUGUUUUUUAUCCCCCAGGAUGUUGAGUUUUGGGCUGAUAACGGUGUUAUUAAGCUGGGCCUCCUUAGCCCUGGAAACGUCGGCUGCGGUGGGCACCAGUGAUUUCUGCGUGGCACCAGACAAAUUCAUCAUGAACAUGACACAAGAUCACAUCAGCGCAGAAGUCGUCCAUUAUUACUUGUACUGCAGCCAGAGUCUGAAGAACCCCUUCCAGCAGACCCUGAACGUCUUCCAGAAGUCGCUGACCACCAUGCAAAUCCAGAUACAAGGCUUACUUCAGUUUGCCGUGCCCAUAUUUCCUACUGCCCAGAAAGAUCUCCAGGGCAUCCAACUGCUGCUGAACACGUCUGAGUCUAACCUGCACCAGCUCACCGCUCUGCUGGACUGCCGAGGACUCCAUAAGGAUUACUUGGAGGCCCUUAUCGGCAUCUGCUACGACGGAGUGGAAGGACUUCUUUAUCUCGGCCUCUUCUCUCUCCUGGCAGCAUUUGCCUUCACCUCCAUGGUAUGUGCCGUACCACAAGCCUGGAAGCAUCUGGUGGCAAGAGACCGCGAUUACAACGACAUUGAUGAGGAAGAUCCCUUUAACCCUCAGGCCCGUCGCAUAGCGGUGCACAACCCCAACCGGGGGCAGCUGAGGAGCUUCUGCAGUUACAGCAGCAGUCUGGGCAGCCAGGCCAGUCUGCAGCCGCCAGGUCAAACCAUCUCCAACGCUCCCAUGGCCGAAUACAUGAACCAAGCAGCGCUUUUUGGUGGUAAUCCUCGCUACGAAAACGUUCCACUCAUCGGGAGAGGAUCGCCCCCACCCACGUAUUCCCCAAGUAUGAGGGCGACCUACCUUUCCGUCACUGAAGAGCCAUCCAAUAUUUAUGGCAACGAGUAUCCAGCUUAGACCCCCCCCCCCCCCCCCCCCCUCACCCUUAUCUGCCAGCUGACGGCGCAGCCUGUGGAGGCCUCCCCUCCUGCCAAGAGCUAAUGGAGAAGUCUGUCAUUUUUGGUUGAUAUAGGGGAGUAAUGGCUUGCAAGCCUAUCAGGCCGCAGGAAAAUCCCAUCUUACAGUGGACUGGACUAUGGUCACACUAUGGACAUGACUUGGAAAGAAGAAAUGCAAUAUAGCAAUUUAAGUGUGUCUGAGAUUUUUUAUUGGGGGGAGGGGCAUGAGUUGGGAAUAAUGGCUUUCCAAUCUCUCAAAUAUCGUCCCGUUGCAAUAUUUAUAUGACUGAGAAUACUAGAACAGGAAUACCACUGCUCCUUGCAGGUCUGUAUAUGCACCUUGCCCUAAAAUAGAGGAAGUGGCUGAGGUCUAACGGUUUGGCUCUAUGGAGCCACCUGCUGGGAGACUGGGGUAACAACCACUCAAUCAUUUUUUUUGUUUUGUUUUUUUAUCUAAACUCAUAUCAGUAUUGCAGGGGCUCAGGAAACCCCACCAGCUGUGAAACUGAUGUAUCCUCAGCGUAUGUAAUGUUUUCUAUGUACACUAUUAUCGCCCGCUGACAGCAAGGGUGGUGAAGCUAUAUAGACUGAUAUAUGGUGACUACUUGUAUUGUUUUUACUUGUUUAAAAAAAAAAAUUGCUGCCCGAUUUUUUGAGGCGUUUGCUUUAUUUUUUAUUACGUGUGACUUGUCUUUCUUCCAGUCCCUGGAAAUAAACAUCUUAAGGACA